AUGAAGUCUCAGGCUUUGUUUGAUGCCAUGUCUGCAGCCGUGAAGAGCAAGGGACCUGAGCUUGUCAAGAUGGGAGGUGCUGUGUUCCAGUUCAUCAUCAGCGACGCUGGUCCGGAGGGCAAGUUCGUCCUUGAUUUGAAGAACGGCAGUGGUGCUGCGAAAGCGGGUGAAGAAGCCGGCGCGGAUUGCACCAUCACUAUGGCAGAUGCGGACUUGGUGGCCAUGGCGGAGGGCAAGCUGGAUGGAAUGCAGGCCUUCAUGGGUGGCAAGCUGAAGAUCAAGGGCAACAUGAUGCUGGCCCAGAAGUUGCAGUCCAUUUUGGAGGCUGCUAAGUGA